AUGUGGCUAGAAAAAUAUGCACCGAGAAACCUUGACGAAUUAAAUAUUCAUAAAGAUAUAACUGCACGUUUGAAAAAGUUGAGUGUGCAUAAUGAUUUGCCUCAUAUAAUAUUUUAUGGAGCCCCGGGCGGGGGUAAGAGUACAAGAAUUGAUUGUCUAAUAAAAGAAAUUUUUAAAGAUGAAAAAAUAAUUCGACGCCCCGAAAAUAUAACUAAUACAGAAAGUAAAAUAAAUAUAAAUGUAAUACAAAGCAAUUAUCAUUUAGAAUUACAAUGUUUUGAAUUAGGAACAAAAGAUAAAAUUAUAGUACAAAAUAUAAUAAAAGAAUUAUGUAGCUAUAAAUCUAGUGCAUCUUUUUUUUCAAAAAGACCAAUGUAUAGAAUAUUUGUUUUUAAAGAUGCUGAAUUUUUAAGUGAAGGUGCACAAGCCGGAUUAAGACGAACCUUAGAAACUUAUAUAAGAAAUGCUAGAGUUAUAUUACAUUUAGAACAUUUAUCAAAAAUUAUUGAACCAUUAAAAAGUCGAUGUAUAUGUAUAAGAGUUCCAUUACCAACUGAAGAAGAAAUAUUUACAGUGUUAAAAAAUAUAUGUGAUAAUGAAAAUGUAUCAUCAAAUUAUAAUUCGACAAAUUUUUUUAAAACAUUAAUUAAUAUACAUGGAAGAAACUUAAGAAAAUGUAUUAUGGCAUUAGAAAUGACAGUUUAUUCAAAUUCAGAUAAACCUCAUCAUUCUAUAUCAGUGGCUCAUACUUAUAUUAAUGAAUUAUGUAAUUUUGUUUUUAUAAAUCCAACACAAAUUAAAAUCAAAGAAUGUGUAACAAAAAUACAAAGUUUAAUAACUUGCCAAAUACCCGUUAAUUUUAUUUUUGAAACUACUAUUAAAUAUUUAUUAAACAGUAAAUAUGAUAAUAAACUUAAAUAUUAUUUUUUAAGAUUAUCAUCUCAUUUUUCAUACCUUUCAGAAUGUUCAUAUGACAAAAGUAUUUCACUCAUUGCAUUUAUUAUAAAUGCAAAUACAGCCAUAUUAAAAUAUUCCUCAUCCAAGAAAUGA